UGUUAUAUACCUGCCCUCCCAGCCUUCGCUUUAUAAUAUCCUGAAGCAAAGAGCAGCACCCCACUCCGGGAAGAUUACUCCAUUACUUAGAAACUGGAUCAUGGCUUGGAUUCUCCUGCUGAUAAACCUGGGAUUGAUCAUCACAGACUCUUCAGAAGAUAGUACAACCGUAACGACCUCAAUAGCAUCUGGUUCUCCAGCUACAACGAUCUCCACAUCCUCCUUCUCUCUACCUAAAACCACACCAGACCCCCCAUCUCCCACUGCAGAAACUGUAGAAACACCUUCAACUACAAGAACCCUGACAACAUCCAGUGUUCCGUCUAUAACCAAAUUUACACCCGUGUCUUCCACAGGGGAGACCGAUUUAACACAUUCCCCUGGAAACACCACUACAACACCCAGUGUUCCACCUACAACCAAGUUGACAUCCAUGUCUCCCACAGGGGAGACCAAUUUAACACCCUCCCCUGGAAACACCACCUCAAUAUCCAGUGUUCCACCUACAACCAAGUUGACGUCCAUGUCUCUCACAGAGGAGACCAAUUUAACACCCUCCCCUGGAAACACCACCUCAAUAUCCAGUGUUCCACCUACAACCAAGUUGACAUCCAUGUCUCUCACAGAGGAGACCAAUUUAACACCCUCCCCUGGAAACACCACCUCAAUAUCCAGUGUUCCACCUACAACCAAGUUGACAUCCAUGUCUCUCACAGAGGAGACCAAUUUAACACCCUCCCCUGGAAACACCACCUCAAUAUCCAGUGUUCCACCUACAACCAAGUUGACAUCCAUGUCUCUCACAGAGGAGACCGAUUUAACACUCUCCCCUGGAAACACCACUGCAACAUCCAGUGUUCCACCUACAACCAAGUUGACAUCCAUGUCUCCCACAGGGGAGACCGAUUUAACACUCUCCCCUGGAAACACCACCACAACACCCAGUGUUCCACCUACAACUAAGUUGACAUCCAUGUCUCCCACAGGGGAGACCAAUUUAACACCCUCCCCUGGAAACACCACCUCAAUAUCCAGUGUUCCACCUACAACCAAGUUGACGUCCAUGUCUCUCACAGAGGAGACCAAUUUAACACCCUCCCCUGGAAACACCACCUCAAUAUCCAGUGUUCCACCUACAACCAAGUUGACAUCCAUGUCUCUCACAGAGGAGACCAAUUUAACACCCUCCCCUGGAAACACCACCUCAAUAUCCAGUGUUCCACCUACAACUAAGUUGACAUCCAUGUCUCCCACAGGGGAGACCGAUUUAACACUCUCCCCUGGAAACACCACCGCAACAUCCAGUGUUCCACCUACAACCAAGUUGACGUCCAUGUCUCCCACAGAGGAGACCGAUUUAACACUCUCCCCUGGAAACACCACCACAACACCCAGUGUUCCACCUACAAUUAAGUUGACAUCCAUGUCUCCCACAGGGGAGACCAAUUUAACACCCUCCCCUGGAAACACCCCCACAACACCCAGUGUUCCGCCUACAACCAAGUUGACAUCCAUGCCUCCCACAGUGAGGACCAAUUCAACACCCUCCCCUGGAAACACCACCGCAACAUCCAGUGGUCCACCUACAACCAAGUUGACGUCCAUGUCUCCCACAGGGGAGACCGAUUUAACACUCUCCCCUGGAAACACUACCGCAACAUCCAGUGUUCCUCCUACAACCAAGUUGACAUCCGUGCCUCCCACAGUGAGGACCAAUUCAACACCCUCCCCUGGAAACACCGCCACAACACCCAGUGUUCCGCCUACCACCAAGCUGACAACCUCACCCACCACAGCGGGGCCCAAAUCAACACCCUCAUCUGAAAACAACCCAGCAGUAUCCAGUGUUCAGCCUACAACCAAACAAACAACCUUGCUCUCCACAACAGGGGCCGUACCACCCGCCUCCCACUUGACCACCCUUGUAACAAUCUCAACUCCACAACAACCAACUCCCAGUUUGUCACGUACAACGAAACCUCCUGCUGUUACAGUCAUUUUCUACAUCAGCUACCACAUCAACAAUAAAAUAUUCAAUUCCAGCUUGCAGGACCCAAAGAGCAGUUAUUUCAUGGAACUGAAUCACACAAUCAGAAUCAUGUAUAACAACCUGUACAACUGUAGCACUUGCCAGUUCGGUUAUAUAGGCUACACCAUUAUCUCCUUCAGCGAAGGCUCCGUGGCUGUGGAAUCACAAUUAAAUUUCCAAGGAACCAAUAUUAAAUCAGAAAGUGAAGUGGAGAAAAUUUUGAGAAACGCCAACAUCAGCUCCACGGGGGGGCUACAGUUGAGCCAAGUGAAAGUGAGUUCCACCAAACCGACCGUUGCCACGGAGACGGUCCCAGGCUGGGGCAUCGCUCUUCUCGUCCUGGUGUGCAUCCUGGUCUUCGCCCUGCUCCUCGCCCUAUUGUGGCUGUUGGUCUUCUACUGUCGCCGGAAGCACCGGGGAAGCAUGGAGCUGCUUAGUGGCCGGGAUUCGUACCACCCCAUGAACGAGUACCCCACGUACCAGACCCACGGACGCUACGCAGCUCCCAACCAGAAGCAAAACCCCUAUGGAGAGGUGAGCGCCUUGCACAGCCCGGAACAUCAGCUGGGACACCCCAAAAACGGGACGAAACCCUUCUCUUACAUCAACCCUAGCAUGGCCAACGACGAACUGUAGGGGGCGCAUUUCCUACAGCCGGACUUCUUUGGAGGGGGGUUAAAUAGGGGGAAAAAAGUUGAACUUUGGCAUGUAAAGUUCAGCUUUUUGGACAAGCAAGCCCCCCUGUGAAAAAGCGGGGCAAUUUUUUUAGGGGGGAGGUGUUUCCAGAGAGUUGCUCACUCCUCCCUUGACCGCAAGCAGAAUUACGGAUUGGAGGGGGUAAGGGAAGAGGAAUUCGUUGCUCUUCCUACACCGAGAGCCAUGCCAAGACACUGAGGACUAGAAGCUUGGAGCAGCAUAUUGACCUCGCUGGCUAUUUUCCUUCAAACAAAUCUCCAGGCCAGCGGGACUUCCUGCCACAAGACCUUGACAGGGAGUCAAAAACCAAUGAACUCUUGACACGUUGACUAUUUUGCUUUUUAUUAAUUUAUGGCCAAUUAUUAAUUUAUGGGAAGUUUCGUAGCUGGAGAAAGCAACAACCCAUCUCCGGAGAAGAGGAACUGAAGGCGGAAGAUUUUCAGAUGCAAAGAGGAAGGAGAGAUCCUGGCCUCCCCGAUCUCUUUCUUGCCUGGGGGGGGGGAAAAACGGGGUUCCUGAGAAGCCAUUUUUGGAGACAUGAGGGAACGGAAUAAAUUCAAAUUUUAAUUCUACCGCCUCUUUCUUUUGCACGUUUACCACCACCACCACCCCCCAAAAUUUCCUGGUCGCCUGCCAAACCCUUUGUAAGUUCUUAAUUUACAAAGAGGAAACAAAACACUCAUCUCGCCAGACUUGCAGGACCCUGGAAGGGAUCUUAGAGGUCAUCUAGACCACCCCACUAGCCCUGCUCAAGGUUGGCUUUUUUUGUUUUGUUUUCUUCGCUUGUUCUUCCACCCGAUAUAGUUCUAGGAACCAUUUAAGCAAUACAAAGUGAAAUAAGCAGACUGUUUGCCAACUGAUUAGAGCAUUUUUUAAAAAAA